CGCCGCUUGCCAUACCUGUUUGCCUUCCCACCGGCUUCCCACCACAUCGGACUUGGGACGACAUCAACAAGUGCGCCAAGGAUAAAAGAUCAGAUACAACUGGCACGUGCUGCAUCAAUCUUAUUACGACCUCGUCGCCGCCGCCGACUCGGGCAUUCCCCUCUUUUUAAGCAAACGAAGCCAACCCGAGUCUGCCGUCGCAAGAUAUCAAGAGACCACCCGCACCCGGUCUACUACUCACCCGCUCCUCAACGUCGUAUCAGCAACUCAAGCUCCAACAGGUUUACCACAGUAUUGAAUCCCGAAAUCAACCAUGGUGGCCACCGGCGACGUCUCCGGGCGCGCCGCACAUUCGGCCGGCACCAAAAGGUCCAGUCAUGAAACCCGCAGCCAGGCAGUCCACCCAUCAACAACGAGAGUAACCAGGUCAACGAGGUUGCAAACCCCUCCACCACCAUCGUCAGGAAACUCGCGCGAGGAACCGGCGACUGAGAUUGCGAGGAACCCACGGGCACCAACCAGAACUGAGAACCAUGUGAACAACUUGGACGUCGGAGCAGUUGAUAGCGCUUUGCGCCGGGAAAUUCAGCAACGCCAAAAUUCACCAGGGCCAAGUUCGCAUAGGAAGCGACAACGCAUUAAUGGAGAUAGGUUCAUUCCCACUCGGUCUGGUCAAGAUUUGCAAGCCAGCUUUAGUCUUUUGCAUGAAGAGGGCUCUCCAGCGACGCCCAGACAGAAAAGGCGCACACCGCAGGGGGAGCUUCAUUUUCAGAAAAGUAAGUCAUGGUCCGGUCUUAUCCUAGAGUGCCUUGCUGACAAUUUCGCAGCUGAGGAAGCAAAUCGUACGUUCUCAACUGUGCUACGAACAGAAUUGUUUGAGGAUACUGUCCCACAGAUUGCCCCGGAGUCUCUAUCACCAGACCAUAGGAGAGCAUCGCGGGGUUAUCUACAUGAGGGCACAAGGUCUCAGACGCCUCCUCGGAAUGGACUCCCAGCCGCGGCAGCACCAACAACCCUUACCCCCUCUACACCUCACAAGAACCUGUUCUCGUAUCUAUCACCACGACAUGCUAGCCUUGGCGGCCAUCCAACGCCAUCAAGGACGCCACAAAGUCGACACGCCAUCAACCUGGACACCCGGGCCGAAAUCUACAGUCUCUCACCCAUAAAACAUAAGAGCCAACAACUGUUACUGAGCCCGCGAAAGCAGCCGCGCGCGAUCAGCAAGGUUCCGUAUAAGGUGUUGGAUGCUCCUGAGUUGCUAGACGACUACUACUUGAAUCUAGUCGACUGGGGGAGCGCCAACGUCCUGGGCGUUGGGUUGGGAUCCAGCGUCUACAUGUGGAAUGCGCAAACAAGCAGGGUCAACAAGCUGUGUACUCUGGAGGACGACACCGUUGCAAGCGUAUCUUGGAUACAAAAGGGAACACACCUUGCCAUCGGUACACAUAAAGGACUAGUGCAGAUUUGGGAUGCUGAGAAAGCGAGAAGGCUCAGGACGAUGACGGGUCAUACUGGCAGGGUAGGAGCAUUGGCAUGGAACACCCACAUUCUCACAUCAGGGUCCCGGGAUCGUCUAAUAUACCAUCGCGACGUCCGAGCGCCGGAUCAAUGGCUAAAAAAGCUGGUUGGUCACAAGCAGGAGGUCUGCGGUCUAAAAUGGAAUUGCGAAGAUGGCCAACUCGCCAGUGGAGGAAACGACAAUAAGCUGAUGGUAUGGGAUAAGCUUUCGGACACGCCACUCUGGAAAUAUUCCGGCCAUACAGCAGCCGUCAAAGCGAUAGCCUGGUCACCACAUCAACGCGGUCUCCUGGCUUCCGGAGGCGGUACUGCUGACAGACGCAUCAUCUUUCACGACACCGUUCGCGGCACGGUACUCAACGAGGUGGACACGGGCAGCCAGGUCUGCAACAUUGCCUGGUCCAAAAACUCCAACGAAAUCGUCUCGACGCACGGUUAUAGCCAAAAUCAGAUAGUAGUCUGGAAGUACCCCUCCAUGACGCAAGUCGCCAGCCUGACAGGUCACACUUAUCGGGUGCUGUACCUUGCCAUGAGCCCGGACGGCAAAACCGUGGUGACGGGUGCCGGAGAUGAGACGUUGCGGUUCUGGAACCUCUUCGGCAAGAGCCCGAGGAAAAGUGUUCACGACCUGGAUGGAGGCGGCAGCGGACGCUCAGGUGACUGGGGAGUCAUUCGAUGAUGACGGGAAGGAUAAGGAACCCCCAACGGGCGGGAAGGAACUUGGCCCAUCGACUGAAAGAAAGCGACUGAAUACCGAGACCGCCAGCAGAGAGCAGCCGCCGAUAAAGAUUGCAAUGAUCAUACAGCGUGUAUCACUCAGCUGUCUAAGCUUGAUGCGCCGACCACGCAGGCUAGAAAGGUUCUGCGUGGGCCUUGCCCUGCUCAACUUUGACGGCACCGAUCUCACAAGAGUGGUGCGAGGCAUCGAACUUUCUCUUGUCCCGACUACGACGUGUGCGCAAU